CGCGUUUUCAACGAUCUCACUUCUUGGGAAGGGUUGAACCUGUAUCUAUUCACUCAGUCAUCUCUCUCUAACGAUUAGCUGCGAUAUCAAGUCUGGUCUGCUCUAAUGACCUCAAGCUUUGAUUUAGCGGAUGCCCUAGAAAGACUCACAUCCAGUGCUUCCGAGUUCGAAAUACCAAAUGAAAGAGAUGUUAGCAGAGAAGAAGCCGAGCAAUUGCUUGAAGCUGCUGUGGAAGCCGUCGCGGAAUCCAGCGACUCUAUCACCGAUCCUCAGGUAUUCGAUUUGUACUGCAGCCUGUUAAAACAUUCGGAAUUUGUGCCCGGAUCUGUCAUGAACAAGCUACUGGACUCCAUCACAUCCGGUCUCUCUACUCAACUGGAUAGUGCCAGGAAAGAUAUACAGAACGAAGACCAACAGGUAUAUCGCACCCACAAGGCACCCCUGGAAAUGUACGCGUUUCUCUUGCAGUGGUUUGUUCAAGCUGCAGAGAAGGUGAAAGGGACAGCAGAGCCUUCCACUCCUGUUCCAAAAUCUCGCAGAGGGAGGGGAGCAAAGUCUAUGGGCGCUCGAGCUCCUGCUCGUACUAAGAAAUCGGAGGAAUGGACGUGGUUUGACCAUGUGGCAGUCACCCUCGGGCUGAUUGCGCGUCUUCUCGCUCAAUUGAACACCCAGCGUCUAUGGACGACCAACACAGAGCGAGAGGUGUUCAUUAGCUGCGUUACACGUCCGGCAUAUCAAGUUGCAGAAAGCGAAGUCUUCAUGAAAUCACUCGAAGUCAGACAGAAUUUCUACAAAGUCAUUUGUCGAGCCGUGAAGAAUCAAAACCACGCAGCCACUGCUCAAAUCUUGCUUAUGCAGCGCCUUCAGUAUCAUGAACACCUCGCUGAACCGAUAGCUGAAUGUCUCACGUUGCUGGCCAAGGAAUAUGACCAUACGCAGCUCGGUGACGAGAUUAUCCGUGAAAUUUCGCAAAAGGAGUUCAAUGCGCAGGAUAACAAAGCCCCUCGUAUCUACGGUCGACUUCUUACCAAGUUCGCAGAGGACAGUCCUCGCGCCCUCUUAAAGCAGCUCAGUCUGUUGCUUGCUCAGUUGGAAUCUGAUGCCUAUCCAAUGCGUAUGGCUGUCAUAGAAUCAAUGGGUCUCAUAAUCCUCGACCUUGCCGCUGCACUUGAUGGCGGAACUGCUGAAGACCCCCACCAGUUUGAAAAGCAGAUAAAAGGGAUAUACGACUUUCUCCUUGAACGCGUGUACGAUUCCAACUCCUAUGUGCGGGUCAAAGUUUUAGCUGUCUUAACUCGGUUAUCACGCAUCAAGAGGAAAUUCCCCAAACAAAGGCUGAAGGUCACCAAAGAAGCAGUGGGGGCACUCGAGGAUAAGACACCAACAGUACGGAAGAACGCUAUAACCCUCCUCAUCGAACUGCUCCACACGCACCCGUAUUGGAUGGUUGAUGGAGGCAGGCUGUCCUUGGAUGUUUUCAAUGAGGGUUACGCCAAACUGAAGAAAGAGCUCGACGAGAUAGAACAUACAGCCCAUCAACGCGUGAUGGAAGCCACAAACGAAGAGGAGGAUGAAGAGGGUGAAACUACGAAGAAACCGAAAAAGAAGAAAAGAACUGAAGAUGACAUGGAAGUUGACGACGAGGACGAGGAACCGACCGAUGACGAGGAUGAGAAUGAAGAUGAGGGCGAAAACACUUCAAUGGCUGUCGAUGAAGAAGGGCAGCUUCCCAGUUCUACGAAGAAGAACAAACUGAAACCACGGAAAUCCCAGUUGAAUCUCGAAGCCUUCAAUGAUGACGAAGCGAUCAGGAAAUUAACGAGUGUUGACACCGAAAAGCUUCGUCUCCAAAAAAAGUACUUUGCAGAUGGUCUGGAAUUCAUCCGACAAAUGGAAGGUGCCAUAGUGUUGUUGGUGCAGAUGCUUGGAUCUAAAAGUAAAGCUGAAGUUUUGGAGGCUAUGGAAUUUUUCAGGGUAGCACAUGAAUAUCAACUUUCAACCGCUGAGACUGGUAUCCGGAAAAUGCUGCAUUUGAUUUGGAACAAGGACAACAACGCGACGUCUGAAGAUGGCAAACAACUGAAAGGUGUUCGUGCAAGAUUAUUAGAAUGUUAUCAAGAGCUGUACUUCAACCCCGUACCCGACAUAUCUCCCAAGGAACAGGUCAAUCGUAUCGCAAAGAACAUGAUACAGCUCACGUUCGACGCGACACUUGCAGACCUAACAAGCUUGGAGGAGAUGAUGCGGACAAUGAUGGAAGAUGACAGAGUGCAUCAAGACGUUAUCAAUAAGCUCUGGAACAUCUUUAGUGUGGAAAAACAUAUUCCAAAGUACCAAAGACGUGGAGCUAUCAUCAUUCUGGGUAUGCUUGCUCUUUCAAAGCGAAGUGUGCUUGUCGACAAAGUGGAUGUCAUGCUCAAAGUCGGACUGGGCGCCCUAGGAAAGGCGGACCUCACAUUAGCGCGCUUCACCUGUGUUGCCCUGCAGCGUCUUGCUGGUACCAUGAAAAAAGUGAAGGGUACGAUGCCGCAAACAAAGCGAAUCGAAAUGGAUAGUCCAAUCUUCCGCAAAAUGCGCGAUGUCAUCGAACGCCCGUGUCGGUCAAAGGAUUGGUUCGGCCUGGCCGAGCAAGCGAUCAACACCAUCUAUGCUCUCGGUCAACAGCCUGAUGACCUCUGUAGCGAUAUCAUCAAGAAAAUGACAAUCCGAAUUUUCACUCCCAAGACUCAGGCAGAAAUCCCGCAGAAAGAUUUGGAUGCGAUGGAUGAGGAUGAAAAUCCUUCACAAGCCAACGGUAACCCGUCACAAACUGACGAGGACAAAGGUGACGCCUUUGAACUCGCUCAAUUGUUGUUUGUGGUGGGACACGUCGCCAUCAAACAAAUAGCUUACCUUGAAGUUGUCGAGCGAGAAAUGAAGAAGCAGAAAGAAUCUCAAAAAUCUGCGGGAAGUACCUCGAACGGACCCCAAGCCACGGAUAAGGACGGAGAAGAGCUCGAUCAAGUUACUGGGAAUACAGAGGACGAAAUCGGGGACAAAAUCACAGAGAUCCGAGAGCACGAAAUGCUUGAUAAGGAUUCUCUUCUUGGUGUUUAUGGUCCAAUGCUUGUGAACAUCUGCGGUAGUCCCCAAAAAUUCAAGAACCCUACACUCAGAGCUGCAGCCACCCUUUCUCUCAGUAAAUUCCUCUGUGUCAGCUCUACAUUCUGCGAGCAGCAUCAUCGCCUGCUGUUCAAAAUUCUGGAAACAUCCAAGAAUGCUGGUAUUCGAAGCAACAUAGUGAUCGCUCUUGGUGAUGUCGCUGUGUCUUUCAGCAGUAUCAUCGACGAAAACAGUAAUGAAUUAUACAAAGGCCUCUCUGACCGCGACCCGAUCGUGAAGAAGAACACGCUCAUGGUGCUCACUCACCUAAUUCUAAAUGGUAUGGUCAAGGUCAAAGGUCAACUUGGAGAGAUGGCAAAGUGUGUCGAGGACGAGGAGGAUUUACGGAUCUCGGAUCUUGCCAAACUUUUCUUCCAGGAAUUGUCCACGAAGGAUAAUGCAAUCUACAACAACUUGCCCGAUGUCAUCAGUCAUCUUUCUGCAGGGGAUAAUGCUGUAGACGAAGUGAAGUUCCAAAAGACACUCAAGUUCAUAUUUGGCUUUAUCGAAAAAGAAAAACAAGCCGAAAACAUCGUCGAGAAACUAUGCCAGCGAUUUAGACUUACUGAUGAUCCACGACAGUGGCGCGACAUCGCCUACUGUCUGUCGCUGUUGCCUUACAAGUCUGAGAAGUCGGUCAAAAAGAUCGUCGAAGGUCUGCCGUUUUAUCGGGAUAAACUUUACGAGGAAGGUGUUUUUGAAAAGUUCCAGGAGAUUCUGCAGAAAGCCCGGCUAACCAAAAGUAAGAACGAUAUCGGGGCAGAACUGAAGGAGUUUGAAGAGAUUCUCGAUGAGGCCCGUCGCCAGGGUCAAGAUGAUCAGGCUCUAGAGAAACGAGCUAAAGGCAAGAAGGCACAAGCUAAAAAACGUGCAAAGAAGAACGCUCGUCGCGUGCCAGCAAAGGCAACUCAAGAUCGAAGCGAAUCUGAGGAAGAGUAGGUCGAUGAUGAUGCGGCCAUCUAGCUUUUGCAUCCUAAAUUCCUGGGUUGCCUAUUUGUGAUCUGUAACUUUAGUAUUUUUUUAUCGCAGAUUUUAUAGUACUGUUGUAGAAUUCUUUCUUGUAUACUGUAUGAUAUCACUGUACUGUUCACUAUACGCUACAUACGUUGUUAUACUUCAUGAUUUCUGCCCUAAGGCUGGGCCUGUCCCAGCAAGUUAUUUCGUUGCC